AUGUCGCUCCAGAGGGGAGUGCUGCUCCUCCUGGCGCUGAGCGCCUGUGUGGCCGCCCAGUCCUGCUCCGACAUCAGCGCCAUCUCCAACGGCGCCAAGGCCGACGGCAAGACCAACGAUGCCGCAGUGUUUGCCGCCAUGAACUCCAAGUCCAGCAUCGGGCUCAUCUACAUGCCCAAGGGGACGUACCUCAUCGGCACCAGCAUCACGAUCAGCAAGCCCAUCCUGGCCGACUAUGGCGCGAUCUUCAAGCUGUCCUCCGGCGUCACCCUGAGCAUCUCCAACCAGCCAGAGCACUCCAUCGACACCUUCUUCUCAGGGAGCGGCAGGGUGGACUUCCUGGCGGGCACGGUGCGCGCUUUCCCGGAGUGGUGGGGCGCCGUGGGCGACGGCACCACCGAUGACGCGGCCGCCAUCCAGGCGGCGUACCGUGCCGUCUCGGUGGGCCAGUCCGCCAUGCUCUACUUCUCCUCCAAGACCUACGCCAUCGGCAGCGAGCUCGUGUUCGGCAUCACGGCCACCAUCAUGUCCGAGACAGGGGCGCGGCUGAAGGCCGUUGGCGCCGCCACGCGCGGCGUGCGCUUCACGGAGGGUGGGGCCACUUUCAAGAUGGUCCUGCCCCACCUCACCGGCUUCUCCUCCUACUGCCUCAACCUGGCAGGCACGGACCUGGCCGCCCUCCAGCUGCAGACACUGAGCAACUGCGGGGAUGCCAUUCGCCUCACAGUCACCCCCGGGUCCGACAUCAACAACUGCCUGGACAACACCAUCUGGUUCACCUCCAUCACCAACAGUCUUGUCGGCAUUGCCUUCCGUGCGGCAUCCUCCUGCGCCGGCCCCUCCUGCGUGAUCCAGGGCAACCAGUUCAUCGGGAACACCAUCUCGGGGGGACCCGCCUCUAUCCCCGUCUCCGCCAUCGGCAUGUUUUACGGAGGAUCCUCCUCCAGCACGCCCGCCUGGGACAGCAACCAGUGGAACAUUGGCACCAUCUCCCCCCAAGCCAGCAACACCCGCUACGCGGUGGUUCGGGCGGAACCCCUGUCCAAUCGCGCCGUGGUCAAGAUCGGGUCCAUCGGCGCGCUGGCCAACGGCGCCUCGAUCUUUGCCGGCGAGCACAACAUCGGGCAGUACACCCUGGGCCUGGCUUCCGCGCUGAAGGAGGGGGGCCUGGGCCUGGUGGGGCAGCUCAACCUGCUGGAGCUCAGCGGACAGCUGACGCCUGCCAGCACCUCCACCGUCAUCACGGCAAUGACAUCCAGCAACACCAAGGCAAAGUUCAACGGUGGUAAGGCGCUGGUGGGCAACUUCUUCUCCCUCAAGGCCAUCCCCGCCACAGACUGGGCCACCGGCACCACUCAGACUUUCUACAUCUACCACCAGUUGGCCACCAAGUAUCUGUACCAGGUCAAGUGCAGCGCGCCCGUGCUCAAGGCCACCGGCCUUCCAGCGCUGUCCUGCACCCAGGUGCAGGACAACUCGGCCACCGGCACCAACGUCAAGUACGAGGUAGCACUGACCCUCAUCAACAUGAGUGGGGCCACGGUGAAGGCCUCCGGACCCGGUAUCCCCUUCACCAUCUCUGUUGCCACUCUGGGAGGCGCCUGA